CCGCUUCCGUAGAUCGUUAAUAUCGUCGCCAUCAUAGCGACGGGGACACGGGAUCGUGACCGUCGUUAGGCUUACCCUUCGGAAAUCGUCGUCGUUGGCGACGGAAGCGGGAGACCGACUGCUCCCCCGAGAAAAGCGAGCGUUCCGCUCCGUCGCUAUUCGCGUACCUUCGUGUACCACCGCAUCGGCCUGUCGAUUAGUCGACGCACAACGGAGCACGUAUUUUUUACUACUUUGGUACUGACGAAACAUGGCUUAUUGAAGAAGAUGAAGGGCCUGCGAGAAGAUAUCGUUUCUCCAAACGGAGGAGACUGCAGCAUUGACGAGGCGAGUUACCAGACCGAAUUGCACGGUCUUCGCGCAAAUGGACAUAAAGAACAAAUUUCCGCCAUCCCCGCCCAAGGGGGCCGGUGCUGAUGCCAAGAAGAACCAAGAUGUCGUUAAUACCAAGGUCUAUCCGCAGAAGAAGCGCAAGAGGGAACUUACCGGCGCCAGUAAUUUCUCUAAGAAUGAACAACCAAGAAAGUGGAACGUACAGAAAGCAAAAGAUACUGUUAAGAGACCGAGAGCUAAAGGACAAUAUCAUGGCAGUACAGAGGAGAAUACCAAGGUAGUGGCAGCAAAAUGGGCUGAGCCUGGCUCAGUAUUGGUUCAUGGAUGUAAAAAGGAGAAUUACCUGCUGAACGGCAAUCAUCUGCUGAAUUUUCAUUAUGAGCCGAGGAAUGCUCAUAAUAGGAAUAUGGGCAAGUCGAUGAGGAGUAAUCACAACAGUAACAGAUGGCUUCCACCGAUACAACGCCAUAAAUACAACAAGGAGCAAUUCCUACAAGCUAGUUGCCAAUUUGUUGUGAUUGCGGGUGGAGAUUAUUCUCUGUAUUGGACCAAUCCAGAUGUUCUUGUGGAUUGGAAGUCAGUUGAACAAAUUAAAGUUCGCAGCUCGGAGAACCUCUCCUGUCCCAUUUGUCUAUGUCCACCAAUCGCAGGCAAGAUGACACGUUGUGGCCACGUUUAUUGUUGGCCUUGUAUUCUUCAUUACAUAGAUGUCUCUGACAAAAAAGACGCUUCAUGCAAAUGUCCCAUUUGUUACGCCACCGUUUAUAAAAAUGAUUUAAAAAGCAUGAUUGAGAUCACACAGACUACAUUCAAUUUGGGCGAUACAUUAAAUUUACGUUUGAUGCGACGCGAAAGAGGUUCUGUACUCGCAAUACCCGUGAAAUCAACGGCGCAAACAUCACCGACAAUAUUCUUAUCUGUCUCAGAAAAUUCUGAUAAUCAAAUUUAUUCGAAACUUCUCAUUGCAAGCGUACAAGACAUUAUAAACAUCAUAGAAUUCGAACGUGUUCAGCUGAAACUCGAAUAUGAUAAUUAUCCGGAUUGUUACAUCAAGCAAGCUCUCAAUGAGCUGUCACAGAGAAAGAAUGAGCUACUGCUGAAGGCUUCGGAAGACUCUUUAUCCAUGGAAGAUAUAACAGAGAAAAAAGUCGCUCAGCAAACAUCGCGAGAGAACGAAGUAAAUACUGAUGCAUGUUGCAAGAACGAUACCGAAUUUUUGGAGACUGCUCCAGCAGAGCAGUCCUCAAAAAUUGUGGAUAGUGCUUCCAACGAUAACCAGUGUGCUUCAGGUCCUUCCAGAUUUAUUUAUUUUUAUCAAGCCGAUGACGGGCAACAUUUGUAUCUUCAUGCGAUGAAUGUGAAAAUGUUGGAAAUGCAAUACGGCGAUCUCGAACAUUGCCCGUCUGUGAUAACAGGCAAGCUUCUCGAAAAGGAAGCGGGCAGCUAUACGGAAGAUUUAAAACGAAGAUUGCGAUAUCUUUGUCAUCUGCCACUUACUUGCCAGUUUGAAUUAGCGGAGAUCGAAUUAAGACCACCGCUUGUGUCCGAUCAUGUACUUCAUGCUUUUCGCGAUCAAUUGAAUCUAAGAAAGGAGCGUAGACAGCGCAGAGAGCGUGAGGAAAAAAAACGCGAUAAAAAGAUUACAGAAGAACAGAACAAACGAAUGGGCAAAUAUCCAACACCCAACAUAAACAUUGAAUCGAAUCGACACUUUCCACAAUGGAAUCCGGAGCUAUUAUUUUCUGAGCAACACGCACUGUCAUCUCCGGAGCCGACAACCAUGUCGAGUAUCGCUAGCAGUUCGUCGUCUUCAAGUACAUUUGAUGAAGUCGCUGCAGGACAAGAGAACAUCUCGCUUUUGGAACAUUCGCACGAGCAGCAGCAGGGGCCAUCGUUUGCAGAGAUGUUGCGCAAUACCAGGACACCUAUAAAAUCCACUAAUGCUUGGCCAUCUGUUACUUCGAUACCAUCAAGAACGCGUUCCGGUGCAGUCGGUAUAGUAUCCAAUGAGGAUGAAGACGUAGAAGAAGCAUACUAUGCCUCCCCGCCGUCGAACAAUCAAUGCCUUGGCGAUGCACUUGCUCGUGCAUUAGAACAAACCAGAUUAGAUGAUUCAGGAGAAGCGGCUAACACAACUGGUAAGAAAAAUAAGAAGCAGAAAAAGAAGAAGACUAAGAGGACUGUAUUGUUUGCGACCGGUAUGACGUGUGCAUCUUAAUUACAAUUAUCUGUUUAUGAUUAAAACAUAUUUUUAUAUUAUUUGCGCGAUAUGCGUGAUGUCAAAGGCUCCUCAUCAGUCACCAGACAUGAUAUAAAUUGUGUUUUGUACAGGAUAAUUUCUCAGAAUAUGAAAGAAGUUGAAUUUUGUCAUAUAUAUUGUCACUCGGAAACUUCACUUUGCGUUAGUAUUUAAUCUAUAUAGUCAUCUUACAUUUUUAUUACGACAAAAAUAGAUUUUACAACACAAUCGAUAAUUUAUAAUUAUCAAUUUUUAGAAACUUAUUGAUAAAUUUUCCUUUGAUCCAUAAACAAAAAAAAAUGAAGUUCAGUGAGUUUUAUCUAUAACAUUGAAUUAGUGGAUAUACGAUAAAAAACUGAUUUAUAUUGAAGUAUGUCGUAACAGGAAAAAUUUAUUGAUAUUUCUUCUGAUAUUAUUUGUGUAUGUCUAUGGUAAUUGAUGAGAAACCUACCUUGGUAGAACGUCCAUUGGAUCACUUGUAGAAAGAUUUUGUUUAUAAUUCGAUACCUUUAACGUAUUAAAUACACGUACGUAAAAUAGCACUGUACGGAAAUUUAUUAUGCUUUAUUUGCCACGAAGUACUGGCCUAUUGAACAUAUGAAUAAAGUUUCAUUUAAUUUA